AUGACCGACGGUGUAGCUAUGUUAACCAAAGCCAAAGAAAACUUGAUGUUCACAAUGUCUGCUUUAUCGACUGAACAACGUGUCGCCCUUUCCCAGAGCAAACACGAGUUCAUUGAAAUGUGUUCUUUCAACGGACAUGAGUGCAAUAUAGACAAAGAUUUCCGAAUCCAUGUGGAUCCAGAAUUCGGUAACUGCUUCACAUUUAAUUACGACGUCGACAACAAUUACACUAGUAGUCGGGCAGGACCAAUGUAUGGUAUUCGUGUGCUACUGUUUGUGAAUACCUCUGAUUACAUGGCGACAUCGGAAUCAGCUGGUGUGCGACUGGCUAUCCAUUCUCCCACUGAGUAUCCAUUUCCGGAUACCUUUGGAUAUUCGGCCCCUGUUGGCUUUGCUAGCAGUUUUGGCAUGAAGAAGAAGCUUAUUCAACGUCUUUCCAAGCCCUACGGAGACUGCAUGCAUUCGGAAACAUACAACAAAACCAACUACAUUUACCAGCAAUACGACUAUCACCCAGAGGGAUGCCAUAGAAGUUGUUUUCAAACAAACCUGAUCCGAGAUUGUUCGUGUGGAGAUCCACGUUUUCCAGUACCAGAAACCAGCAAGCACUGCUCGGCGUUCAACGCCACAGCACGUAACUGCUUGGAGAGAAAUAUUGGCGCAUUUGGGGAUUUUCAUCAUGUCACUGAACGAAUGGACUGCGAAUGCAAGCAGCGUUGUAAGGAAGUCGUACACGAAGUCACAUUUUCGGCAAGCCGGUGGCCAUCAGGUGCAACAGAUGUGCGUUUCAUAAAUUUUUUCUAUAUCCUAUCGAAUAUCUGA